UCAUUUACACACACACACACACACACACACACAAUAACUCCUUGUUUCUUCUUCGGAGAGCAGCUGUGAAGGAAACCGGGGGCAGGGGAACGGACACAACAUCCAUCUGUGUUUCAUACAGAGCUAGGCUUUUAGGCCAGCUCUCUGAACUGUAGGGGGUGUGGCAUGCAUGAAGAUUAAGGCCUAAUGACCCAAUGAAGCUUAUAAAUAACGUGGGAGAAGCCAGUCACCAAGAGAGCUAUCUCACGUCGGAUGAAUUCGUGGACAUCACCUUCUUCUUGGUGAAAAAAAAAAAAGCUCCAGGUUCCGGUGCAGCCGCCGGCCCCCAGAUGGCGCCCACGCUGCUGCUGCUGCUCCCGGCGCUGGCCGGCCUGAUCUCCGUGGCGCAGGGGCAGGCGUUCCACCUGGGCAGGUGCCCCACCCCUCCCGUGCAGGAGAACUUUGACGUGCACAAGUAUCUCGGACGAUGGUACGAAAUUGAGAAGAUCCCGGUGAGCUUUGAGAAAGGAAACUGCAUCCAGGCCAACUACUCGCUGAUGGAGAACGGAAACAUCAAAGUGCUGAAUCAGGAGGUGAGACCUGAUGGAACUGUGAAUCAAAUUGAAGGCCAAGCCACCCAGAGCAACCUCACAGAGCCCGCCAAGUUGGGAGUGAAGUUUUUCCAGUUGAUGCCAACGGCCCCGUACUGGGUCCUGGCCACCGACUACGAGAACUACGCACUCGUGUACUCCUGUACCACAAUCAUCUGGCUUUUUCACAUGGAUCACGUUUGGAUCUUAGGAAGAAACCGUUAUCUCCCUCCAGAAACAGUGACCUAUCUGAAGGAUAUCCUGACUGCCAAUAACAUCGACAUUGAGAAGAUGACUGUCACAGAUCAGGUGAACUGCCCCGAGCUCCAGUAAUGAAGCUCAGAGGGGAAGCUGCACCUGCUCCAUGUCACUUCUCUUGCUUUGCUUUCCCCUGCCCCACUCUACCCUUCCUAAGGACAGACCACCCGGCCAAACAUGUGUGAAUACCAGAAGGGAGGCUUAAUGGCAAUGGAGCCAAUGAAGGGCAGUUGAAGGAAACUUGGCCGCAACACUUAGCCGUGCCCCACUCUGCUGUCUUGCUGGCCUCCUAAUAAACUUGUUGCUGACUAGCUGUGCUCACAGUA